AUGACUUUACGGCGACUCCGACGACGAGAAUUGACGACUCCAACGACGAGAAUCGAAGACACUAACGUCCGACGAGAUCUGGUGCUCAUCGCCACUCUGAGAUCGUCUCGUUUAAUCUUCACUACACCUGAAAAGAGAAGCCUCAUCGUGAAAUCAACCGUCGGGGAGGUCUCCUUUCGCGAACCGGAGACAUCGGGAGAUAGCAAAGGAAUUGAAUCGCUGAAACUCAAGUUGCUGAGUGUGGUUUCGGGGUUAAACAGAGGACUCGUGGUCGAUUCAUAUGAUUCUGCGAAGAAGAAACAUCUGGUUAUCUACGAUGAUGGAGAUCAAGAAAUCUUGAAUCUUAAGACACAGAAGUGGCAUUUUCUGGAUGAAUCAGAAACAGAGGGUGAAGAAGCUGCUGAUCAGACGGGUCAUGAGAAAGAAGCCUCCACAGAGCCCAGAGAAAGAAAGCUAAGACUGGCAAGCAACCGUCGGGAAAAAAGGGUGGUGGAGCUGGUUCCAGCAAGUCUAAAGCUGCUCCUGCUUCCAAGUCCGGCAAGAAGUCCAAGGAUGAGAAAACAGAGAGCAAACCAAAGGAUCCGAAAGAAGCUAGCAGAGAAGAGGAGGAUAGCUCUGAAGAGUUGAGCUCUUAUAAAAUUUAUAAAUGGUUCAUAAAUGGUAUUAUAAGCUCUUAUAAAAUUUAUAAAUGGUUCAUAAAUGGUUUUAUAAGCAUUUAUAAAUAGUGAUAUAAAUAUUUAAAUGGUUUUAGAAACCUUUAUAUUUUUAUAUAAACCCUAUAUAGACUCUUCAAACUCCAUUAAAACCUUUUAUAAACUCUUACAGAUCUUAUAUAAACUUUUUAUAAACUUAUUUAAACCCUUUAUAAACCCUUAUAAAUUCGAUAUAAAAUCUUUAUAAACAUCUUUAAACUCUUUCGGCUUAAAGCUCAACACUUUGAUACACAAUAUUAAAUUCAUAAAACUAAAGAACACGUGCAGGCGUUGUAAAGAGAUGAUGAUACCUGGCAGAGUCUGAGGCACAUAUGGACAACAAGCAAGGAUCCACCGCUUCAGAAAUUUUACAUACUCUUAUAAAUUAUUUUAUAAUCAUUUAUAAUGGUGUAUAAACUUUAUAAAUUAUGUUUAUAACCCCUUAUAAAUGAAAGUUUGUUAUCACAGAAAGAAAAUAUGUUAAUCCAUUUUUCCUCUUCCCCCUUCUUGUCAAAAUAAAAAGAACAUCAGACAGAAAACUUGACGCAUUCAUCUUCUGCUGAAGUUCCUUUGAACAAUGUAAGCUUGCCCUUAUUCUGUAGCAGCUUCAAGGCCCUCGUUAGUGAAAUGUUGAAUUACAGAAAAGAGAGGACUGAACGUGAGAGAGGGUUUGAAGAUUGUGUCUGUUUAAUUAACAAAAAGAGAUGAAGAACGUUACUUUGAUAGUUCCAACAAGCCCUAACCUACGAAAACAAAAAUCAAUAAACGGGUAAGUAAUCUCACAAUGAACACACACUUCAAGACAUGAAUCUAGCAAACAUAAACAAACACUUUCACAUGCACAAACAACAACUACACAUAUUAUUCACAAAUGACAAAACUUUC